AUGAUUCCGUGCACUCCAUCAGACUGGGUGCCGUAUCCACGCAAGAUCAUGCAAAUAACAGAUCCAAUCCUCAGACAUUGGGCGCUUGAUCUGAACGAAAUCUGGAAAUCGCUAUGCAAACGAAUUGAUCCCAAAAUCGAGAAAUAUGAAUCGCGUUAUUCGUUGAUCUACGUUCCACAUGAAUUCAUCAUGCCUGGUGGUCGUUUUCGUGAAUUCUAUUAUUGGGAUUCGUACUGGAUCGCUAAAGGGUUGAUUGCAUCGGAUAUGUUGAAUACAACCAAAUUGAUGAUUAUGAAUUUGGCGCAUAUCGUUGAAAAGUAUGGCUUCAUUCCGAACGGUGGACGAAUCUACUAUUUACAACGUUCACAACCACCUUUCUUGACCGGAAUGGUCUAUGAAUAUUUC